GAGAUGGAAAUGAUUGGAUUACGCUGCUAUGGCUGAUCAAAGUAACUUUCUAGAUGCUGGAACCGCUGGUGAAUUGGAGGUUCAGGAUAAGACUACACUUCUUGAAUGGUUUGCUAAUGAGUACAAAAAGUUUGGAUGCACCUUGGAGUUUGUCACCAAUAAAUCGCAGGAGGGAUCUCAGUUCUGCAGAGGUUUUGGAGGAAUCGGAGGAAUCCUCCGUUAUCAGCUUGAUAUUCGAUCAUUCGAUGAGCUUUCUGAUGAUGGAGAAGUUUAUGAAGACUCUGAUUAGCAAUCAAUAAACUAUUACUCCGAUCCGGUGCAGGA